CAGAACACCUAUUGGCGAGACAGGAACAAAGUUGCUAGUGUCUCUUCUUACGCAAUCCAACUUUGAAUACCGAGCGCUCAUGCCACUGGUGUCAAGCGGCCGACGCACAAGCACAAACGGCCGUCCCAACAGCACCGGGCAUCAAAACAAGCUUCCGGGGUUGUUUGAGAGACCGCGACAGAAGCUCAACUCCACGGUCGUGAGUAUGAACCAGCAAUUCGAUCUCGCAAAAUCCACUGGAGGAAAGAGCCUGAAGGCGCUGGUCUGGACAAGUCAGUUUGCCAUUCCAGACGAAGUCGGUCCAAAGGUGGCCGGAGCUCACGGGGAUCGUAAUGGCGACCAAAGUGCGCUCUUGCUCGUGCGAGAUGCAUCAGACUCCUCAAAGCCUUUGGUGCGUAUACCUCCAGCUUCUCCUGGACUGGCAGCUCAUUUGCGAGAAUCUGUGGUUGUCGGGCAACCCUUAGCAUCUCCUUCAUCGACGACGAUGCCAGCGGAAACUGCAGGCGUCGAUCACGCCACUGCGUCGACAGCGUCUGUUACUUCAUCCCAGACCACUCCAACAAAGCAGCAAAGCUCCGAUAUGACCAGCACCUCAGCUAAUCGCAAGCAAGAGGACACUCGUGUCGCAAAGCCGACCGAGGCCGUUGAUCAAGCAGUUGACGCUGAUCAAGCAAUGGCGGCCGAACCAUCUCGAGCAACACUGGAUUCAUCCGACCAACCAACGGUUCCAUCAGUUACACCACCGACCGAUACCCAGGUCGAGGUGGCAGGGCAAGCUCAACUUGAAUCUCAGAGCGAGUCCAUGAACCCAGAUGAGGCUGCAGCCAAAGCCGGUCCCGAUGUCCCUCAGUCAACAGCAUCGGCCAAGUCUGCAACAACACUCCAAAGACCCAAGACUGCCCAGCCACCAAAGCGAGGUCAUUCGGCAUACCGCUUCGACCGUAGGAAGCCAAAAUCUGCGGGCGCGAGGGUAUCUAAUCCCGAAUGCACCUCUCCAAGCAAGCUUGUUGCCGUCCAUCAGCCGAUCCGUACCUCAGCCGCCCGCGAGUCAGGUCGCUGUUACUCAGCACCAUCCAGUCGACCACCUCAGAAGAUCGCGAAUCUGCUCCUCAACCACCAACUCAAUGUCGACUCGAAGUUGCUUGUGAGGUCAUCUCCGCCUGUAUCCACCGUUCCUAUGCCCACCGCUCCUGUUCCUACUCCUGCUCUGUUGUCCGCUGGUCGUGACGACGACUUGAGCUCGAGCUUCAUCAUUCCAUCGGCACAUAAAACGAACGCUGGAACCAUCGCUCCAGCUCCGGCUUCGAUCGAGAUCGUCCAGAUUUCGGGUUCUCCCGAGACAAACUAUCGACUACCGCUGAGCGUUGCCUCUGUCUCGAUAACCGAGGACCCACAUUUGCGCUCGCAGAGCCCCGUUGGCCGUUGCGGCUUGACACUCUUUGCCCAAUCUUGCGGAUGGGAGGGCUCGAUGCCCGAACAAUUCAACGCCAGCUUCGAGGCACUCGACCUGGAUGAAGAAAACGAUCUGGAAGAGCUCCGUAAUCUCGAAAGCAUCAUCCAUAACCCAACUGACCAGUACCUCGGAAUUCGACGGGUCCGUCCAUUGUCACGGCCAACGUCGCGAUACACUGGCUCUCGUCCACCCUCCAGCCGUACCCCACGCUCGUUUAUAGCCGUCCACGACAUUGUCCUGGACUCUCGGUUUGAUAUCAGCGAUAGCCCUGAUCGAAUAGCCGAGAUGGAGCGGGAAACUGAUGAGCUACGCCGACUCCAGCCCGAGGCGGAUGUGUUUGGCGCCCAGACCGACCUGGAAGAUACGUCCUCUGAGGACACACAAAACGAUGAUGGGAGCGGUGAUGACGGCGAUGGCGGUGAUUAUAACGGAUCCAAGCACGACACUGACGACGAAGCAGGCUCUCCAAAGAGCACGACUGCCUCCAAGCGCAAGAAGCAGCGUCCCAAGAAGAGGCGACGAAGGAGCAAGCACCGCAAACACCGAAUGCACUCGGCUUCCUCGGACCAACCCGAUUAUCAGGAUGAAGCCACGGCCGAACCAGAGUUCAAUCCCGAUCUCUCUGCGCCACUCAUUACUAUCGAGGACACGCACUCGGUGUCGUCCAUGAGUCUGGAAAUGAGCCAAAGUCUCGAUGACCUCGAUCUCAGCCCUGCCGCCGACGUAUCGCUUUCGACGCACAACCUGCUCUUUGACUGCAGCGUGUCGUCUGUGUUCCGAGGAUUCCGGGACACCCUUGGCGAGACGGGUAUGAAUCCCAAGUCACGAGCAACAUCGGCGGCCAAUCUCGGUGGCAUCAACAUGUCACGCCCGAUAUCCUCGGCAAACUUGCUGGCUCGCUCGCACAUGCAAGUCAGCGGCUUUGGAGGUUCGCUCGUGGGCUUCCUGAGCGAAGCCCAAAGCAUAUCCGUCGUCGUGGAAAACAAGGUCGCUAUACCGCCAUGGAUCAAUAUUGCGAUGACAUGCAUCGCUCGAAUCGAGAUAUUGAUGUGCAAACUCCAGAGAUGGAUCAAGUUUGUACUGGCGCGACGCAGGUUUCUGUUCUUUCGAGACUGCGUGGUACACAUGCAGAGACUGGUUCGCGCGCGCAGAGUCCGCCAGCGCUACCUCAAAGUCGUUAGCACCAAAAAGUCCGGUCGAUCGAUCGUGCUUGCCGUCAAGCAGAUCGACAAGUUCGACCAAGCCGCUACCAUCUUGGGCAACGGCGAAUAUGUCGCCGCGUGGAAGCUCCAGUCCCCACCCGCGCGAGGCGAUUCCGACCAGCAAUUGGAGCUGUACUCUUCCAUGACCGAGUCCAUGUUUCGUCUGGAGCAGCGAGCGCACUCGAACCGGGUUACUCGCCGACUGCGUAUGUCUGUCAAACAAACUCGUAAGGUGAACACCUAUCUGGAAGACAAGACAGGGCCAUGCUUCGUCAUGGACGGCGAUCGAAAGGCUAUGUGGGAGCGAUUUUUCCUUGGCUCCGAGCGCUUGAAGCACAAAUAUCCCAACAGGAUGCAGGAGAUCCAGAGUCAGCCUUUCGAGAGCAUGGUCAUUGACUGGACUCCUGAACGCAGCCCAAGCCAACAUACCGCGAACGAUUCAGGAACCCAGACUCCCAAGGGCGAAACAGGGAGCACCGCCGCCAAGUCCGCAAAGUCGUCGAUGGGGUCCCUGACCUCGAUCGGGCUCGGUGAAAGGAUCCGGUCGCUGGCGGGCAGUAAGCUCAUGAGCAAAGAGAACCUACGCUCAAGACAGGCGCUUUCCACGAGUGUUGCGGCCGCUCUUGACGGUGAGAGCCCCCACAUAUUGUCGCGACGGCCGACCAAGGUGCAGAAGAUCAACGCGGCGAUUGAACGGUUGCAGGAGCGCCUUGCACCAGAGCAUAUUGUCGAUCUGCUCGAGAAGCACGUAGAAACGAGCGAAGAUCGUGCAGAGCUGGAGAAGAACGUCGCGUCGCUGAUGGGCUCGAUGGACAGCACGAUCAUGAUCAAGAGCAAGUCGAUCAACCGACUGAGAUAUCAACAGUAGGACCACCGAACAUGCACUCGUUGUUGAUUGAUCGCCAUAGGGGUCUGGCGUGUGUGUUUCAAUCCAUCUCACAUCUCCAGAAGAAACAAAUCGAGAGUGCGAGUGGCA